AUGCCAUUAUACAUUUAUACUAGAAAUGCAAAAAGAUACGUGUACAUUUGGCUCCGUGAACAAGCGGUAGAACAUGAAUCAUGCAAUGAUGGUGCUAUAUAUUCACGUAUUGCUAGGCUUUGUCGAUCAGAUCAUGGUGGCCCAAGGCCUUAUUCAAAUGAAUGGACAUCAUUUGUAAAAGCUCGAUUAAAUUGUUCCAUACCAGGCCAUUAUCCGUUUUACUUUGAUCAAAUAGAAGCUAUUGCACCACCAGUAAAUAGUCUUCACUUAUCAGAAAUGAAACAAUUAGUCUAUGCGGUAUUUCGUAGUCCAUUAGCUGGUAUCUCCUCAUCAGCUAUUUGUGCUUUUGAUAUUCAACAAAUUAACGAUGUUUUCUCGGAAUCAAAAUAUGGUGAUCGGAAUAAUUUACAAUCACUAUGGAUGAAUGCAGUUUAUAGUGGUACUUCAAAAUAUCGACCUGGUAAAUGCACAAACAAUUCUCGUUUGUUACCCGAAAAAGCGGUAGCAUUUGCCCGAGCUAAUCCAUUAAUGAAUGAAGCUAUACCGAAUUAUUUUGGUGCACCAAUUGCGAUACAUACGGGUUUGGAUCAUUUUACACAGAUUGUCAUUGAUGCUCAGGUGAAAGCAGUUGAUGGACAUUUGUAUGAUGUUAUAUUUAUUGGUACCGAUCAAGGUAAUAUUUUCAAAAUGGUGAAUUUAGCUGGUACCACAGCCACCACAAAGCAACCAUCUCAUCAUAUUUACACAUUUCAAAUUACUAAUGAACCAAUUCGAAAUAUGAUGUUAUAUCAAGGAAAUACAAAUGAUUUAUCCAUAGAACGAUAUCUUAUAGCUGUUAGUGAACGAUCCGUUUCACGUGUUCCUCUUGCGCAAUGUAAUCGUUUUGAUACGUGUAGCGCUUGUGUCGCCUUACGUGAUCCACAUUGCGCAUGGGAUUUAGAAGCUAAGAAAUGUAUACUGCUAAAUGAUGAUAUAAAUGGGAUAUAUGAACAAGAAAUUAUAACAGGACAAGCAAAUGGUUGUGGUACUUUUACUGAACUUCAACAUUUCUUCAACUUUGAUAUUAUACCAUCAAUCAUUGUUGAAAAUGAAGAACCUUUACAAGAUGUAUCAUAUACUCUUCCAUCAUCGAAUUUACCAACAAUGAAUAAAAAUUGUUCAUGUGAAGAGAGAACAUUAAUUCCGGCUUGUGCUUCCAGUAGUAAUUUAGCUUCAUUCCGUAUUACAGCCGGAAAGUCUUCGUCAUGUCCAUCAUUUAGUACCACUACUCCUCAACCUGUUUAUGGUACCAGAUUAUCAUCACCAUCGUUAAGUAUUAUCAAUGCAUAUGAAUCAAUAUCAAAAUUUAGCGGAGCUAUACCACUACGAUCUGAUUCACCCAUAUCACUUGUGGUGGAAGACUUGUCACAUUCAUCAUCAUUUGUGGACAAAUUAAAGCAACCGAAAAAUCAUCCGCCCAAUCAAAUUUAUUUGUAG